CGGGAUCUGAUUGGCUGAGCGGUGUUUACAGUAUCAUCUGUAUCGUGAAACACGUGACUCAUCAUCAUCAUCAUCCUCGUCAGUGGAGUGAGAUGAAGGGCAGCGCCGCCCGGCGGACACCGAGGCUUCAUCUGACAGAGAGCAUCACGGGAGCGGAACAUCACCGAGAACCGAGACGACGAGGACUCCGACCGACUGCUGGUGAAGGAGAUCCUGACCUUCAGAUCACAUUUCUGCCAUGACUGAAGCGACACACACACACACACACACACACCUCUUCAUCAUCAGAUCGUUUAACACCGAUGAGUCGCGUUCGGCGGAUCGAAGCGGAUGAUUCCGAUGCUUCUGUUUAAUCGGUUCUUCUGGUUCCGAUUCGGAACGGUUCCGCUCAUUCGGUUUUAACGGUUUUGAUUCAUCAGUUUCGAUCGGUUCUGCUCUGCUCGUUCGGAUCUUUUCUGACGGUUCUCUCCGUCUGAAAGAGUCGGUUCACUCUGUCGAUUCGGAUCCGGUCAGGAUGCAUCUCGCGGACUUCGUCGCCGGUUCCGUCGGAGGGGCGUUCGGCGUGGCGGUGGGCUACCCGCUGGACACGGUGAAGGUGAGGAUGCAGACUCGGACUCGGGACGCAGGCGUCUGGGAGUGUGUGAGAUCUACCUGCAGAACCGAGGGAGUGCGGGGUUUCUACCGAGGGAUGUCCAUGCCUCUGAGCACCGUCUCCAUCGGCUCCUCGCUGGUGUUCGGCACCUACAGGAACGUCCUUCACCUCCUUCAGGAGCUCCGCCACAGAAGCUCCUCCGAGACGCUCCGAAGGGACGAGAUCUUCCUGUCAGGAUUCUCUGGAGGAGUCGCUCAGGUGUGUGUUCAGACUCACUAUAAACAUCACAACUAUUACUGUCUAAUAAACAUUUGUGUGUGUGUGUGUGUGUAUAAAGUGAGUGGUCAGCAGACAGGCUGGCCGGUGGUUCUUCUGGCCGGUGGAGUGUCAGGGAUGUGUGGCUGGGCCGUGGGGACGCCGAUGGACGUGAUUAAAGCCCGUCUGCAGGUGUCCGGCGUCAGCGGUCAGCGCUACAGAGGAUUCUUCCACUGCCUGUCUCACAGUGUGAGGACCGAAGGCCUCUCUGUCCUCUUCAGAGGUCUGACGGUCAACUGCAUCCGUGCCUUCCCGGUCAACAUGUCCGUCUUCGCCAUGUACGAGCUGGUGAUUCGCGUUCUGCGUCCGCCGCCGUAGAACCUGCCGAUUCUUCAGAGACGCCGCCGUUUUAUGAAGCGCACAGAUUUUAUGACGAGCUGCAGAAGCUCACAAGAAUAUUUAUCAUUUAUAUUAAUAUAUAUUUGCGGGUUUUUUGCUGUGUCUACCUCUGUAUGUCUGUCCAUCAUGAAGGGUUUAAGGAAUAGUUCGGCCAAAAAAUAACAUAUGCUUUCCCUAGAUCAGGAUGAGUUCACUUCUUCAUCAGAUCUGGAGAAAUGUCUCUGGUUGGAUCUGGAUGUGAAUGGGUGCCGUCAGAAUAAUCCACAGCACUCUGGUCCAUCAGUUAACAUCUGGAGAAGACUUACAGUUCAGGGCCGUAUUGUUUUGUAAACGCUGCUUGAUCUGUGCAGAUUUCUCUCCUGAUUCAGACCUGAAGAGUAUAUUAUGGAUUAUAGACUCAUGUGAGACAUCUUAAUACUGGAUUAGUUUGAUCUUCUGUCUUCUCCAGAUGUUAACUGAUGGACUGCAGUGCUGUGGAUUAUUCUGAUGUUUUUAUCAGACUCUCCUUGUGACGGCACCCAUUCACUUCUGUUACUGAGACACUGAUGCAGAGAGAAACCUGAUAAAGAAACAAACUCCUCCUGAUCUUGGAUUAUCUGAAGGUGAGCACAUUUACAACUAAUGCUCAUUAAUGCCUGAAGAGUGUGUGUGUGUGUGUGUGUGUAUGCGUUAAGAUGGCUGAGCAGAUUUAACCCUUUACUAACACAGUUUCUCUCAGUCUGAGUGAGCUGCUUGUCUGUGUAAUCUCAGUUAAAGACGCUUGUGUUUAACUCAUAUCAGGGAUUACACAUUAACACACGUUCUGUUGUGUGUGUGUGUGUGUGUGUGUGUUAGAGAUGGUGUUAAAUGGACCAUUUACUCAUGAGAUGUCACUGGAUCAUCUGUACUGUAAUGAUGACAUUAAACAUGUCGUUGAACAUCA